AUGGAAGGAAUGGAAGAAACCAUGGAUAUUGAUUCUGUUGGCUGCUCAGUGUCCAAGCAAUCAAAUGAUUUCUCCAUGGAUUCAAAUUAUUCUUGGAUUGAAGUUGUGAAGGCAAAGCCAUGGUGGCGAAGUACAGACAGAGAUGAGUUAGCUUGCUUUGUUUCACAGAAAUCUCUGAACCAUAUUGAGAAUUGUGACCUUCCUCCUCCUCAGGAGUAUCUCAGAGGACAACCAUAUGCUACUAUUACUGAUGACAAAAUAAAAACAUCUUUUGACUGGGAAGCCAAAUUCAGUGCCUUUUCCAAUUUAACUAUUCAGGCAAAGGGAAGUUUAGAAUCCGAACUAAUGAUGCAUAAGAAGCCAGGGCCUAUAUCCAACAAAGGGCAUUUAUAUUUUGACUCUACCAAAUCCUCAAGGUAUUUUCCUCUUUAACAUUUGUCUCUUGAACAAGCUUUUGAGGGAGAUCUCAGCAAAGCUCAACUUAUGGAAGCACUUUGUCAUUCUCAAACACGUGCAAGGGAAGCAGAAGAGGUAGCAAAACAGGCUUAUGCAGAGAAAGAGCACAUUAUUCCACUCUUGUUCAUACAGGCUUCACAACUUUUUACCUAUAAGCAAUGGUUUCAACUGUUGCAGCUGGAAACUCAUAACAAUCAUAUUAAGGGUCGCGAUUAUUCAAUCUCUAAUCUCUUCCCAAUGGCUCUUCCAUGGGUGCCCUUAGAAUUUGAAGGCAUGAAACAUUGCAAGAGAAAGCCAAAAUUUGCUAAUGCCAAAUAUGAAAUGGUAUACAAACAGAAAAGUAAUGUUACAACAUAUGGUGUUGCAUUUGCCUUAGGAUUGAGUCUUGUUGGGGCUGGCUUACUCCUAGGAUGGAAUGUCGGUUGGAUGUUACCUCGUUUAUAG